CUAACAUCGUUGAUGGUCAAGGAAGCUUCUUUAGUUCGAUCGUCAUUUCCACUCUGGAAGCGGGAACGACAUGUCAUGGUUAUGUAACGGAUUGUAAAGGUACUAAAAUAUUUGACAGAGGCACGUUAGAUUGUACUGGUACUUGCAUGGUAUCACAACGCGAUAAUAUACCAGGUAAUCAGCCGUAUUGUCCUCAUAUGGUAGUUCAUACCGUGAAUGGUAAAAAAGUCAAUUUAUCCAUCAAAAAAGUCAAUGAAAGUUCCUGUUUCGAAGUUGGUGGGAAAUCUGAUAGUAUUAGUUUCGCAAAGACAGAAUGCCCUGCAGAUCUUCCAAAAUCUUGUAGCGAUCUUUAG